ACUCUGAGUGAACUUUCUGAAAGUGAUGCUGCUGCUUAUGGAUUACUAAAGAAAAUGCAUUCUGCCCAUUUUGUAGGUUUGCUCUUCAUUCUUCAUGCAAUUUUACCAAUUCUGGGGAAAAUAAGUAGGAUUUUUCAGAAGAGUUAUCUUAAUUUUAGUACAAUUCAGCCUACUUUAGACAGUGCAGUUCAAGAACUGAAACAGAUAAGAAGUGAAAGAAGUCCAAUUGAGUUGGCUAAAUCUGAAUUGAGUGAAGGUGGAAGGCUUGAACUACUAGAUAUCACAAUAAACCAGAAUACUGAACACCAGCUUGGACAGACACUUAGCAACUAUAUUUCUGCAUUAGUGGAAAAUAUUGAAAGACGCUUUCCUGAUGUUCCAAUUUUAGUUGCUCUCAAUAUUUUCAAUCCCUGCCAAAUUCCUGAUAAGGACAGUGAAAGCUUCAGUUCAUAUGGUGACGAUGCUGUCGAAAUUAUUCACCAGCAGUUUCUCUCAGAAGGUUGCACCCAGUCCCUUGCUGAAGUAAAAGCAGAAUGGCACCUGAUGAAAUAUCAUAUUGCAGAAAAAAAGUGUCAAAUACCUGCAUCAGAUGAUUUUACUCCUUUGGAAUGGUGUUUGAGUGAAAUUAUGAAGCAUAAAAACGAAUAUAAUUACAUGUGCCCCUACCUUACAAAACUUGUAGAAUUGGUACUUACAAUGCCACUUUCUAAUGCAUGGCUAGAGAGAGGUGCCUCAAAAGUAAAAAUCAUUAAAACUGAUCUCAGAAACAGACUAAAAAAUGAUAUGUUGAAUGGAUUACUACAUAUUGCUGUCAAUGGUCCAGACUUGUGCACAGAGAAGUGUGAUGGUUUAGUUUCUGAUGCAGUUGAAAUGUGGAUCUCUGCCAAGAAAAGGAGGAAGAUUCCUUCCAGUAGGACUUCAGGUACAGGAGAGGAUAGCAGGAAAACAUAUAUGGAGGCAGAAGUCCAGACUGAGUCCGAACCAGUAUUACAUGUAUCACAUGGCACAGAUGUUGAUGAUGAAGAAGAAGCUGAUGAUGUUGGAUCAACCUGUGAUGAUGACCAUGAUAAAGACAAACUUUUUGAAAAUACUCUUCUACAAUUAAAAAUAGCAAAAAAUCUCAGGGAAGCAGAGGAGUAUAGAAAAAAAUUCAGUGUUGAUAGUGAAUCUGAUUGGAAUUCAGAUGAUGAAUUUUAA